AGCGGAUGUUUUUAUUCCGCGUGAGUUGUAAAGAAUGUACGAGCGAAUACAGCAGAAGUAAGAUAUGGACCGACAGCAGCAACAUUCAGAUCAACGAUCAUAUCAUUUUAGGACUCUUAAAUAUUGUGGUUAAACACACACUUUUUAGACAUCAUCUGCAUAAUGCUGUUAAGGUUACACUGAAACGGAGGAAGGCAAGUGUAUGAAGGUCAUGCAUGUCGCUUGGCCUAUAGCCUGUUCUAAAUCCUGAACCCAGUUGCGCUACAGCACAGGGAAGGGAAAGUGGGCGUGCUUUCUGACUCGAACCCAGCCCUGCUGCUCCAUGUUUCCUAUGCUAACCCUUCUGAGCAUGUUUUACUAUAUCUGUCUGCGGCGGCGCUCCAGGAGCGGGACGCGGAGUGAGGCAUUGGGCAGUCGGCGGGCCGUGGAGCUGGGCCAGCGUUCGGCACUGCCCGUCACGGUGGAGGUGGAGCAGUAUGGCAAGGAGGUCCUGGACUUCAGCUCUCACUACGGCAGUGAGAACAGCAUGUCUUACACCAUGUGGAACCUAGCGGGUGUGCCUAACGUCUACCCUAGCUCAGGAGACUUUACUCAGACGGCCGUGUUCCGGACUUAUGGAGGUUGGUGGGGGCAGUGUACGAGCGCCUCACCUCCUUUCCGCCGUACGCCAUCAAAUUUCCACAGCCAGGAUUUCCUGGAGCUGGCCUUCGAGGAGCCUGUCUAUCCCACGGCUGUGGAAGUGCUGGAGACUUACCACCCUGGGGCAGUUGUCAAGAUCUUGGCAUGCUCACUCAACCCAUUCUCCCAAAACCCACCAGCUGAUGUUAGGUGGGAGGUCCUGUGGGCCGGUAAGCCCACCAAAGCUCUGACCCCUCAAGCUCGCCAGUUCUCACCCAGCAUCAGGCAGAUCAGCUUUGCCACCAAUCUGCUGCGUCUGGAAGUGAACAGCUCUCUGUUGGACUACUACACCGAGCUGGAUGCAGUGAUCCUGCGUGGUGUUCGGGAGAGACCCAUUUUGGCCCUUUAUAAGAUCCCGGUCAUUGACAUCAGUGAUCUGAGUGACAGCGAUGAGGAGAUAAGUGAGGUUGGAGGACUCUGCUGCAGGUCAGGUGGAGAAAACAAGCACAACCUGGGAAACGGCUACUUUGAUAGGCUACCUUAUGAGCUGAUCCAACUGAUUGUAAGUCACCUGGCGCUUCCAGACUUGUGCCGAUUGGCUCAGAGCUGCAAGCUCUUUCACAAGCACUGCUGUGACCCGCUGCAGUACAUUCAGCUGAGCCUGCAGCCGUACUGGGCCCGGCUUACUGAUGCCUCCCUGUGCCACCUACAGAGCCGCUGCACACUCCUGCAGAGGUUAAACAUGUCCUGGACAGGCAACCGGGGAGCUGUGACGGCCACUGGGUUCUGCAGCUUUGUAAAGGCCUGUGGGCUCAGUCUGGUGUGUUUGCAGUUGUCAUGCUGUCAUUUCCUGACUGAAGCGUGUUUAGAGGUGAUCGCCCAGAUGUGUCCGUCCCUGCAGGAGCUGAAUUUGGCUUCCUGUGACCGUCUGCAUCCUCAGGCCUUCAAUCACAUCGCCAAACUCCCUAAACUGCGCAGACUCGUGCUUUAUCGCACCAAAGUUGAGCAAUCAGCCAUGUUAAACAUCCUCACAUUCUGCCCAGAGCUCAGGCACCUUAACCUGGGAAGUUGUGUAAUGAUCGAGGACUACGAUGUAGUAGCGAGCAUGCUCAGUGCACGCUGCCGUUCCCUGCGCUCUCUCGACCUGUGGCGCUGCAGGAACCUGAGCGAGCGUGGGCUAGCGGAGCUGGUUACGGGCUGCAGGCUGCUAGAGGAGCUGGACCUGGGUUGGUGCUCCACGCUUCAGAGCAGCUCCGGCUGCUUCCAGCAUUUGGCCCGCAGCUUGCCACGCCUUCGCAAGCUCUUCCUCACCGCCAACCGCACUGUGUGCGACUCCGACCUGGAGGAGCUGGCUGCUAACUGCAAUGCACUGGAGCAUCUUGAUAUACUGGGCACGCGGAUGGUGAGCUCUGCCUCUCUGCGGAAAUUACUGCAAUCCUGUCCUCGGUUGAAGCUGCUGGAUGUGUCCUUCUGCUCCCAGAUCGACUCUCGCGUUGCCCAGGAGCUUAGUGGCCUUUUCCCCAAUGUGUCCAUAAAGAAGAGUUUCACUCAGUAAAACUCGAUCUGUGGCAGGAGCAGAUUCAAAUGGUUCAUAUGAUUCUCUAAAACAUUGGUGAGUUAGGGACUGGGGUGCAUUCUGGUGCUGUGAACUUAGACAUGCUGUCUUGAACUGCACAGAGCUAUGAACUGCCACGUGGAGGAACUGUUUCCAAGAUAUUAUGGAUGUCUCGGCUUGAAUUGUCUCAUUGUUUAUUGAAUCACACAUUUCACAAGACCUCAGUUUUUGAUCUUAAUCUCAGGGUUUUAUUUUUAAGAGACAAUUGUAACAUGCUGUACAACUGCCGAAUAGUUUUGUUUUAAGCGCACUUAUUCAAGUGUAAGAAGGCUCAGAACCAUGUUUUUAUUUCCAUUGUAAUUUCGAAUUGAUGUUGAAUAUUGUAAAAUAAUAUAAUAGUAACAUGCUCUAAUUUAAUUAUUUAUUCAUAUAAUUUCAGGGCCACGUUGACUUCAAUCGUGGGUACAAAAAUCUUAUUUGGCAAUACUUUGUGUGAAGCUUUGCCCAUGAUUGAGUCAAUACUGUUAUGCACAUAUGAUCUCAACAGGGCAAGAACUACAGCUUUUGUCUGUUGUAAAAUGUACAUUUCCUUUCACACAGGUGCAUGGUAACUGGUACUGUAAAUAACAUAUUCUUGUGCCUUAGGAGAAAGUGCUUUGUAUGUUUGUGGGUUGUCUAUAUUGUGCUAUGCUAAAUUGUCAUUUGCCAAAAUCACCAUAAACCAAAGGGAUUUUUUUUAAAGCAAAAAAAAAAGAAAUAGUUUAAGUGCUUUUGGUGUAAGAAAAUUUGUUUAUUUUAUACCUUUUAUUUUUAAUUUGCGGUAUGUUAUUUACUAAAAUUAUAUUAUUAACUAAAAAUGGAAGCAACCUUAAAGAGUAUACAGAUUGAAUUUAUGUUCAUUUGACGCUGUACUAAGUUACUCCCUUUAUGGUCGUUUUGAAAAUUGUAUUAAAUUUGUGCCAUUUAAAUGCAGAUGGCUUUUAGCAUUGUUUCAGAUCUGAGAAUGACUCAUGAGGUCUUGGUUCAAUAAAGUGAGGCUUAAUAACA